AUGCCACCAAAAUAUUAUUACAGCAGCAAGUUGAUGUUCAUCCUGCAUGUCGUAUUAAGAUCUCAGCUGGAGACCGGCAACGUACAGCUGAUAGCCUACCUUCGCCUGCCAGUAAAUGCUGUCAGGAAUGCUUGUACAGAUACAGUUGUAGUGGACACGGACAGCCCUGCUCGAGACGGGAAUGGAACUGAGCGAGGCUGGCUGUGCCGAGAUAAGGCGCGGAGGCCGCGCGCCCUUCUCUCGCUGCGCUGUCGCCGUCGGCACCACUCGCUGGCCACCUCCGCCUCCGUCGACAUGAAAUUCGCCGUGGUCGUCGUCCUCGUGCACGAGAUCAUCUACGACUACGUGGCGCCGCCCCAGUACCGCUUCGACUACGCGGUGCGCGACGGCCACACGGGCGACGCCAAGACGCAGUGGGAGCACCGAGACGGCGACCGCGUCACCGGCGCCUACUCGCUGGUCGACGCCGACGGCACGACCCGCAUUGUCGAGUACACGGCCGACGAUCACAACGGCUUCCAGGCGGUCGUGAAGCGCGUCGGUCACCCCGCGCCGCCGCCCCCCCGGCACCAUUCACCGGGCACCUCCACCGCUGCCGUCAUGAAAUUCGCCUUGGCCGUCGUCCUCGUGGUGUGCGCAGCGGCCGCCGCCCACCACGAGAUCAUCUACGACUACGUGGCGCCGCCCCAGUACCGCUACGACUACGCGGUGCGCGACGGCCACACGGGCGACGCCAAGACGCAGUGGGAGCACCGCGACGGCGACCGCGUCACCGGCGCCUACUCGCUGGUCGACGCCGACGGCACGACCCGCAUCGUCGAGUACACGGCCGACGACCACAACGGCUUCCAGGCGGUCGUGAAGCGCGUCGGUCACCCCGCGCCGCCGCCCCCGCAGUAG